AUAUGGAAGGUGAUUUGGAUUAUGUGAAAACCCCACUAUUGUCUUGCACUGAAGAUCAUGAAAAGCCCAAUGGCAAUGGGAGAGUUCAAAACAGAAAUUCUUUUACUUCUCUUAAGUGUGAUUUUUUCUCCAAAUUGCCUGAAAAGCUCCGUUCUGGCCUUGAUCCUGAGGCCCUUCUUCAUCUUGACCUUACUAAAACCUCUGGCUUAAUGGAAGGGGAGAGAGAAUAUUAUGAAAAACAAAUUGCCACCCUGAGGUCCUUUGAGGAAGUUGACUCUCUACAAUCACCACAUCACAGUAAUGAAGUGCAAGAUCUCCAAGAACAAGCCCAACAUGAGAGAGCAAUGAACAUUUCCAAUUGGGCAAACAUUUUUCUUCUAGCUUUGAAGAUAUAUGCUACAGUGAAGAGUGGAUCGAUAGCUAUUGCAGCGUCAACACUUGAUUCUCUACUUGAUCUUAUGGCUGGUGGUAUACUUUGGUUCACUCAUUUGUCAAUGACAAACAUAAAUAUUUACAAGUAUCCCAUUGGAAAACUCAGAGUUCAACCAGUGGGCAUUGUCAUAUUUGCAGCUGUUAUGGCCACACUUGGCUUCCAAGUUCUGAUCCAAGCUUUGGAGCAGCUGAUUCAAGAUAAACCAUCUGAGAAGAUGACUUCGGACCAAUUGUUCUGGCUGUAUGUAAUCAUGCUAACAGCUUCUGGAGUGAAACUUGUCCUUUGGAUUUACUGCAGAAGCUCGGGCAACAAAAUCGUCCAAGCCUACGCAAAGGAUCACUAUUUCGAUGUCGUAACGAAUGUAAUCGGUUUGGUUGCUGCUGUUCUUGGUGACAAAUUCUACUGGUGGAUUGACCCGGUUGGCGCCAUUAUUCUUGCGGUCUACACCAUUUUGAACUGGUCUGGAACUGUGCUGGAAAAUGCAGUUUCUUUGGUUGGCCAAUCAGCUCCCCCCGAAGUCUUGCAGAAACUCACAUACCUUGUCUUAAGGCAUCACCCUCUAAUCAGACGCGUCGACACUGUUCGCGCCUACACCUUUGGAGUUCUGUAUUUUGUAGAGGUCGACAUUGAACUUCCGGAAGAUUUGCCACUAAAAGAAGCGCACGCAAUUGGUGAAUCGUUGCAGAUAAAGAUUGAGGAACUUCCUGAAGUAGAGAGGGCAUUUGUUCAUCUUGACUAUGAAUGUGACCACAAGCCAGAACAUUCUGUUCUUAUCAGACUCCCCAAUAGCCAGCCUUAAUUGGGACUUUUUUUGUCAAUGGAAUUUCCCAUUAUCUAGUUUUAGUAACUUGGAGGGAAAGCUAAAA